AUAUAUGCGCAAUGGACUAAUGCGCAUAAAUAUGUUGUCUUUGCGACAUGGCGGCGAAGUGUAGAAUGGACAGACUCUGGUUGAUAUCUAGCUGAUUCACAAUACCCAGGAGGACUUGAGGAGCACACACAUAUCGUAAUAUAUGCUGCAGAAAAUAGAUUUGCUGUAUUAACACAUCUGAAGUGAGGAUACAGAUCUAGUCAAAAUGGAGUGGCAUAUCAUGAAUGUUGACGGGCUGAACAGCCUGUCGAGUAACCUGGGUAUGGUGGAGGAUGGUGUCUAUAUCCCGUCCUGUAACAGUCAAGAGAUACUAGAGGAGAAUGUAGAGUUCCUGAUGAAAGACACACUAGAGAAGACAUACAGACGACUGCUGUUUAAUAAUAAAUUCCCCGAGAAGGAAUUGUUGCCCCUGAUAAUGUACAUCCAGGAUGACCACACUAACUUGCAGGAAGCACUUAGACUUAUGAUCCUGCUGACCAAUCCUGUGGAUUGUUAUUUGGAGACAAGUGUGGGAGAGAGAACCAAACCUCCCUGGGCCACAGAGCUGGAGAAGGCCAUCAAAAAGACCAUCGAAAAGUCAUUUUGUAGAGCUUUCCUCACACCCAUCCUAGGGGAAGUGAAGCUCCUUCUAGAGGAGGCUGGACCAUACGACCUAAUGGAUGAUGCAGUGCUGGCGAUAAACAACUGUAUUUUCAUGAUUCGCAAUCUUCUUUAUAUGUACGAGUCCAACCCAGAUCAGUCCACUUUGAUUCAGCACAUAGAACAUGUGAGACUCCUGUUGGAUUGUGGAUAUGAAGAUGUCCUUGUUUCUCUUCUUCAAAAGAAAGAAAUGAGCAAGUGGAGUAGUGGUAUCAUGCAGGUCAGCUGGAUGAUAUAUAAAGGGAAGACAAAUGGACUGUUUUCAAACCUGACCGACAAUAAGGUGCAUUGGGAGCCAAUGAUCGAGUGUAUGCCCAUGGGAGGAGGACGAAUGUCCGACCUAGAUGGGUCAGAUACGUGUGGCCUAAAUCACGUGUUUGAUAACACCUGUAGCAUCCUAGACGGCAGUGAACAGGGUAGCCAGAGUUCAGACAACUUUGAUAGCUUUCUCCUUCGCCGAGAGUCCAACAAUCUCCUUAAGAUCACAGCGACCAUGUCACUUUGGACGUCGGAAGGAAUGGUAGAAUUCAGAGACAAACUAACAACGUUCACUACAAGGAUUUUAAAAGGUGGUUUCAUGGCCGUCAUUUCUGACAUAAUGAACCAGUUGACAUCUAAAGACAUUGUGUUGGACGAAGCUUACCUGUUCUGGAUGUUAGCAUUGUUCAUGAGAUUUGCAAAAACAACACAAUUGCCAGUAAAAUCUGUCAAACAAGUUUUGACAAAGGACAUGGUUGGUUAUCUCACAUACCAAUGCUUCAUCAGAGCAGAGGACAUCUUUGUGCACCAGACGUUUACAAAGAAAGAGCCCCAGAAAUUACACCUGGCACUAUGUGCUCUGAAGGAAAUCUUGGAGUUCCUGUAUAAUGUUCAACAAGUGGACAAUCUGAAUGAGGAAGAGAAACAAUACAUCCAGGGCCUCAACAAGACGCUGGCAGCUAUGACAGACCUGCCCCAACUGAUGGUAUACCUGGUACGCCACUGCUCCAUAGAGCUACUCGGCGGCUCCUUCCUUGAGGACCUGGUCUUUACAAAUCAUCUCCUGAUGCUGCAUCUGGAUAAAUGGAUCAACACUGGACUGACUCGGAAAUCCUUCAGCCUCCUCACCCAUGUCCAAAACUAUGCUACGUUUGGAAUUAUGGGGAAGUAUGGCAGACUACUGGAGCAGUUCCUAGACAACCCUAUGGAACUCAACAACUGUCUGUUCACCAUGAUGCACCAUGUGGCAGGCGACUGUGGCUCACCAAGCGUCCUCCUGCAGAAACCCAUCCUCGACACAUUUCUGGAGAUAAACGACCAGGAGCUGUUUGUGUCAGAUGAGGUAGAUGAUCUCAUUGAAUUCAUCAUCAACAAGUUCAUCACUACAGCUGAGGAUGAUCCCUACCAAUGUGCCAUUCAUAUGUUCAGCGAGCAUACAGCCAGUGACUGCGAUAAUUUUGAUGCAGAGUUGUUGAGCCAAGGCAGCACUGAUGCUUCAGUAGAAACAGUUUGGUCCUCUGAGGACGAUGACAUCCUCAUCAUGGUGUACAUGGAGUCGGAAGACAAGUCGAAGAUUGUGGACGAGAUCCUUCGUCACUUCCAGGAGGUUGAUAAGAAUAAGACAAGAGAACAGAUAAUAUGCCAGCUGAUUGACAGUGAGUGGAUGGAAGAAGAAGACAAGGCCAAACUUCUUGCUCUCUUCCCAGAGUACAAACCACAGCGAUCAACCACACCUAUCGCACCUAACCAGCCUGAUUUCACCAUCUGUGCAAAGAAACGUAAACAUGACGAGGAGAAGGACUGGAUCCCAUGCUGUGUGCGGAGUCUGGAAGACUCUGGGUGUAGAGGUGCCAUUUCCUGGCUCCAGGGUCUCUUCUGUGAGGCAGCCUUUAUCAAAAUGAACCCAGAGUAUAUUAUCAAAGAGGCAACUGAAGAACCCAUAACUAAAUUCCAUGUGUUACACAACAAAUCAAUACCAAUUGUGUGUUUCACUGAGGAACAGGAUGGUUUUCUCGCCAACAAGAUGUUUUGUACCCUACUGGAGAACCUAGGAAUUCACAUGCCAGAAGAUGUUGGACUCCAGCACCCUCGCAUCCCCCACUUCUGGAGCCCCAAACAACUGCUCAACACCGCUGAGAGGUUAGGACCGCUUGAUGAAGUUUCUCUGAAGUUUGACAAGAUACUGAUAACAAAACUGCAGGAUGACGACGUUUAUAACCUGCCAGAGGCUGACGAUGUCAUCACAAGGAAAAGUCCCAAGAAGAUUGAAAAUGACAGUUGCAGAUAUAAAUAUGCCCAAGAAUCCAGCGGACUGUUAUGGACGGACCUUAUUCAGAACUUCAACAAGGCUUGAGGGUUCUGUGUGUGUGCCUUCUUUGUUUCUGUUUAUCUCGGAAAAUAUCAUUCCAGCAAGAACCUGAAGCUUACUGAGCUGCUUCAAUCAACUGUGAAGAUGAUGUGGUGCAGUUACUAUAGUAUCAGCAAUUCAUGUCGUUAAUCCUUGAAGAAAAGUAAUGUUUUCAUUGUAUUAACAGUAUCUGCAGAACUGGUUAAAUGCCUGAACCAACAUUGAAAUACGAUUUUACAGUGUGUUUUUACUGUAUUCGCAGUGUACAGAUUCAAUCCACGGUGAAGACGUGAUGUUUAUAAUUAAAGUGUGUUAACGGUAUCGACAGCUAAGAACCAACAAUAAGCUGUUAAGAUGUGAUAUUAGCAUUGCUUGUUACUGAAUCUGCAGUUAACAUCUUGAAUCAACUGUGAACAAAUGUGAUGUUUACAAUGUGUUGCCACCAUAUCUGAAGUACUAGUUUACGACUUGAGCUCACCUUGAAGUCAUGUGAUGUUUACUUAAUUACAAUAUCCCCAGUUUACCGUUCAGUGGACUGUGGAAUUUGAUGUUAACAGUGUGUUGUUAAUUACAGUACCUGCAGUUUACGCCUUGAAUCAACUGUGAAGACUUUUGGUGCUUACAUUGAGUGGUUACAGUUUACAGCCGUAAACCAAGACGAAAGCUGCUUGUUACAGUGUGUUGUCUUGGUAUCGGCAAUUGCUGGCGACAAAAAAAAGGCAAAAGUUCGGCUUUGAAGAAGUGUGCAUGUUCUUGCUGGCAGACUUUUCCUGUACAUACUCUAUGUCAGUAUGUGAUGUUACUAUAUGUGAUGUUAAACAUAACACAUCACUUCCUCGUUGUCUCUACAAGUAUUGUGUUAAUUAUGUUCACGUAUGAGUUGGUCUGGUUCUGGAUCACCAAAAAGUGUUCAGUGUCAUUCCAGUUGUUGAUCAUUUAAACAUUGAAACAUGUACUCCUCUCUAGAUGUUACAAACGGGUGAAUAUCUACAAUCAAACUUGUAUUAAGUGGACAGUUAUUUAUGCAAGACAUAAAAAUGAUGCCUUGAAACAAAUGACCUUUCAAUCUAAUUUUGAUAAAUUUGUCAAAAACAGAUAUCUUGGCAUGGCCCUUAGUGACUUUCCUCUGUACUCCAGGGGUGACACUCACAAAACUGUUAUGAUCAUAUUGUUAAUCAUUUUUUAGCUUGUCUUUUAGCUCUGAGCAUCAGUGUUCAUGUCAGUAAUAUUGGUUAAAGUUUUAGUUUAGUGCAAGUGAUGAUAUUAUUAUAAUGUUCAGUACGUGCCAGAACGUUGGAUCCCUAGUGUUCUAACGUUGAUGCAGUACAUUUAUUAUUAAGUUUUUCACCAGUUUUGGUAAUAACUUUUGCAUACAAAUCACCAGGUUAAAGCUUUAGUUCAAGUGUUGAAAUUCAUUAGUUUAGCCUCAGAAUUUGUAAGUUAGAAUUCUGAUAUUUGUCUUAUUGUUCUUAAGGUGGGCUCUGAUAUUGAUUUGGGCACAUAAUGACAUUGUUUAAUGAUGGUGAGGAGAUUCACGUAAUUUGUCUUGUGAGAUUGACUUAUGCUUAUGUUGUCAUUGUUAAUGAAGAAUCUGUUUAUUGGGCAAAUUCAUCCUUGAUACUCCAGGGGUUACACUCGUAUAUACACUCUCUGUACUCCAGGGGUUACACUCACGUAUACACUCUCUGUACUCCAGGGGUUAAACUCAUGUAUACACUCUCUGUACUCCAGGGGUUACACUCGCACAUACACUCUGUACUCCAGGGGUUACACUCGCACAUGCACUCUGUACUCCAGGGGUUACACUCGCACAUGCACUCUGUACUCCAGGGGUUACACUCGCACAUACACUCUCUGUACUCCAGGGGUGGCACACGUAUACACUCUCUGUACUCCAGGGGUUUCACUCCCGUAUACACUCUCUGUACUCCAGAGGUUACACUCGCACAUACACUCUCUGUACUCCAGGGGUUACACUCACGCAUACACUCUCUGUACUCCAGGGGUUACACUCGCAUAUACACUCUCUGUACUCCAGGGGUUACACUCACGUAUACACUCUCUGUACUCCAGGGAUUACACUCACGUAUACACUCUUUGCACUCCUGGUAUAUGUCAUGGCAAUUUGAAGGUACACAGCUAACUAUUUGAUUAGUCUUAGGUGGAAAAAGAACUGAUCAACAGCUAGGCUGAUACCUGUCCUGUGAAGAUUACAGAGGAGCGACUCCCGCCUUCAGAUCUGGUCAAUUUUACUGUUACUCUGUAGAGGGAAUCCUCUCAAAGGAUAAAACUAAUCAUCUUGUAUCAUUCACAAGACAGCACACACUGAUCGAGCCUUCGAAUUUGAAAGUAUGAGUGUAACCCUGAAGUAUCGAGGAUGCGGCGAUUUUGCCAUAGAAGUUCCUUUAGUCUGAAAUAUAGAGGUCUCGUGUAAGUAUUGUAUCCUACCAAAUUAAGUUUGUUGGAAGUGUAUCACUUAAAAUGGAUAUAAUAGAUUGAUAUUAAUGUUAUAAUUUAGUAGUUACUAUAACUGUGAUUAUUGUUCUUUGUCUGCUAUCUUAUGUUAUAUAUGUGUUCGUCUUGCCUCAAACUACCUUCUAUUGUCCAUAAUAUUGUCCAUAAGCUUGUGUUAUUGAUCUUGUUAAAUUUGAAUGAUAAAUUCUUAAUUCAACAUAUAUUCUUAUUUAUUAUAUAUAUACCUGUUUUAUGUAAAGUCAAACAUAUACAUACUUAUACUCUGGUAUUAAUCCUUUAUUCCAUAAAACUUCAUCAUGUAAACUUUUACUUAGGGCUGUUCCAAAAUUAACCGAAAGGGAGAGAGCUCGAGGUACUAGAGACUCAAUAGCCACCACCCAUACACUUUUUAAGUGACUUAAUGUAAGGAAUAGUUUGAAAAUCUAGUUGUAAACCCACCAUGCACCCACAAUAAAUCAAUAAAGGUGCCUCCUACCUCCCCCAUACAAUAAUAAUGGAACAGCCUUUUUUAUCCAGAAAUUCACAUUUUAAACAUGUUGUUCUUUACAAGAAGUUGAUUUUAAUAUAAUAUUUCUUCUAUUGUGUAUAUACAUGUCUUAUUUAAAAUGUUAUUUCAGUCUGGACCCAUUGCACGGUUUCAUUUUAGUUCCAGUGCGAUAUUAACCGAUUAUCAUGUUCAAGUUAUCUUCUGAUUCAUCAGACCAUAUCUAUAUUUUUAGGUCACCUGAGACAAAGUCUCAAGUGACCUAUUGCGAUCGCCUUUUGUCCGUCGUCGUCCGUCG